AUGUCCGUAGGUCUCGCUACCUUUCUUUCUGGAGUCACACUAGAUACAAGGGAAGACCUAAGUCCUAGUAGCCGGGAUGCGGGGGCUGGACAGCGGCCGGUCGAGUGCUCAUCGGGCGGGAGUGGAUUAAAACGCACAG